AUGACUCUCGACGUACUUCACUUCAUCGACAACAAAGGCGGAAAUGCCGAAGAAAUUCGCGAGUCUCAGCGCAAGCGUGGCCUCGCACCCGAGAUAGUCGACGAGGUCAUGCAAAUGUACGUAGACUGGGUGAAAAUGGACUUUGACACCAAUGCUAUAAACAAGCAGGUGAAUGCAAUACAGAAAGACAUCGCUGCGAAGAGGAAGGCAAAGGAGAAUGCAGAUGACUUAGUUGCUCAGAAAAAAGAGCUGGAUGCGCAGGUUAUAACGAGAAAACAAGAAUCAAAGGAGUUCGCACAGAAGAUGAAGCAAAAGGCCUCCACUGUCGGCAACAUUGUCGGCAGAGAUGUGCCCGUUAGUCUGACGGAGGAUGACAACAAGACACUGCGAACAUGGCACCCAGAUGGGGAGGGCGUUGCCGUGGAGAAGAAGACUAACAUUAUGCCGCAUCACGAAGUUCUCCUCCGGUUAGACGCAAUGGAUCUCGAGCGAGGGGCAAAGAUCAGUGGUCAUCGAGGUUACUACCUAACUAAUGACGGCAUCGAUCUCAACCAAGCAUUGAUCUCAUACGGCCUCGACUUCCUACGGAAGCGGGGACACAAGAAGAUUCAGCCACCAUUCAUGAUGAACAAAGACGUCAUGGCCAAAACUGCGCAGCUUGACCAAUUCGAUGAAGAGUUGUACAAGGUUAUCGCCGCUGACGACGAAAAGUACCUCAUCGCGACCUCUGAGCAGCCCAUAUCUGCAUUUCACUCUGACGAGUGGUUCGACUCGCCCGAGACCCAGCUCCCAAUCAAGUACGCUGGCUACUCAACGUGCUUCCGCAAAGAAGCUGGUUCGGCUGGGCGCGACAUGUGGGGAAUCUUCCGCGUGCACCAGUUCGAAAAGAUCGAGCAGUUCUGCCUCACAGAGCCAGAGAAGAGCUGGGAAAUGUUUGAUACGAUGGUCGCCAACUCUGAGGCAUUCUACCAAAGUCUCGGCAUCCCAUACCGCGUCGUCGCGAUCGUAUCCGGUGCGCUGAACCUGGCGGCGGCGCAGAAGUAUGACCUGGAGGCGUGGUUCCCCUUCCAGGGCGCAUACAAGGAACUGGUCUCUUGCUCAAAUUGCACAGACUAUCAGAGCCGUAGACUAGAAGUACGAUGUGGCCAGAAGACGAAGGAUCAAACGCGCAAGAUCUACGUUCAUAUGCUCAAUGGCACGCUCUGUGCCACAGAACGCGCCCUAUGCUGUCUUGUAGAGAACUAUCAGACACCAGACGGGCUUGUGGUCCCUGAGGUGCUCCGGCCAUACAUGCAGGGACGGGAUUUCUUGCCAUGGGUCAAGGAGUUGCCUAAGAACCUUCAGCGGAAACAGGCUUGA